AUACAGAGAAAGAGCGAUAUCAGUUAAGAAGAACGACACAUGGCUUCUCUACCGCUUCAAGACCGAGUUGCAAUCGUCACCGGUUCCUCCCGUGGAAUCGGUAAAGAGAUCGCACUCCACCUUGCUUCACUCGGCGCAAGACUCGUCAUCAACUAUACCUCCAACUCCAACAAUGCUGAUUCCGUCGCCGCCGAGAUCAACGCCAACCAAACAACUUUUCGAGCCAUCACCGUCCGCGCUGACGUGUCUGAUCCGGAGGGUGUAAAAUCUCUCUUCGACUCCGCCGAAGAAGCCUUCAAAUCGCCUGUCCACAUCCUGGUUAACUCAGCCGGCGUCCUCGACGCCAAGUACCCUACCAUAGCAAACACAACCGUUGAAAGCUUCGAUCGUAUCAUGAAUAUAAACUUAAAAGGAGCGUUUCUCUGUACGAAGGAGGCGGCGAAUCGUUUGAAGCGUGGCGGAGGAGGGAGAAUCAUACUGCUGACAUCGUCAUUGGUGGCGGCAUUGAAGAUCUGUAUGGGAGCUUACACAGCGUCGAAGGCGGCUGUGGAAGCGAUGACGAAGAUUCUGGCGAAGGAGCUGAAGGGAACGGGGAUUACUGCAAACUGUGUGGCACCGGGACCGAUUGCAACGGAGAUGUUUUUCGAAGGGAAAACGGAGGAGAUGGUGAAGAAAACUGAAGAAGAGAGUCCGUUUGGUAGACUUGGUGAGACUAAAGAUGUUGCUCCUGUUGUUGGUUUUUUGGCUACUGAUGCUUCUGAAUGGGUUAAUGGUCAAAUUAUUCGUGUUAACGGUGGCUAUGUUUAGUUUAGUUUAGUUUAGUUCAUUCACAAAUAAUUGUUUAGCUUUUUUUUAAUAAUCUUAGAACUUAGAACAACAGUCUAAGAACUAUAUAUAGUUUGGCUCUUUCUGUGCGUUGGAUAUAAAAUAACAAAUUUCAAUUCAUAUUUUUUCA